CUAAUGAUGAAGAAGACUCGCGAAUGUUUGCGAAAAAUAAAUUCCCGCCGGGAGUCUUGGGUGAGACCACUUUACUUAAGUCGGGAUAUCAAUGGACUAUUUGCAUCAAGUUUUGAAGAAAUGUAUAAUAAUGACACUGAGCAGUUAAAAAAAAACGGUUAGAAUGAGCAGAACGAUGUUUGACCAUCUCCUCGGACUUGUAGGAGAGCGUCUUACUAAGCAUUCCAAUAGGCCAUCAAUACCUGCCGCAUUAAGACUCUUUUUAACUUUGAAUUAUUUAGCACAUGGAGGUAGUCAGCACAUGCUCGCCAUAUCAUAUAAAAUGGGACGCUCCACGGCAAAUAAAAUCGUUUUGGAAACAUGUGAGGUUCUUUGGGAUGAACUGGGUGGCAUAUACUUGUCUAUACCAAACCGACAUGAAUGGAAACGUAUUGCAAACGAUUUCAAUUCGAUUUGGAACUUUCCCAAUUGUGUAGGUGCUAUUGACGGAAAGCACAUAAUAUUAAAGUGCCCUCCUAGCUCGGGAUCCUUAUUUUACAACUACAAGGGAACAUACUCCAUCGUACUUUUGGCAUGUUGCGAUGCUAAUUACACGUUUACCUGCAUCGAUAUUGGUGCAUAUGGCUCUCAAAGUGAUGGUGGUGUAUUGUGCAAUUCCAGCUUUGGGAGAAGACUUUUCAACAACCAAUUAGACCUUCCCGAGGAUGAUAUUCUGCCACACUCCACCCUUAGAUUUCCUCAUUUUUUUGUUGGAGAUGCAGCAUUUCCCUUAAAAAGCUAUAUUAUGCGACCAUAUCCAGGAAUACGUUUGUCGCCUGACCGCGAACUUUUCAAUAAGCGUCUUUCAAGAGCUCGGCGCGUUAUAGAAAACGCGUUUGGAAUUAUGACAGCUCGCUGGAGAAUUCUUCUGUCCCCAUUGCAAAUGCAUCCAACGAGUGCCGAGAGCAUUGUCAAAGCAACAGUGCUAUUACAUAACUUUUUAAAAAUGCACGAUGGCACUUAUUGCCCACCAGAAUUUGUCGACCAAUACCAAGGAGACAAUAUUGUCGGUGGUUUAUGGCGACAGGAAAUUACAACGCCCCUUCGAGGAACUGGUCGAUUAAUGGCGAACAAUGCCGCCAGAAGUGCUUUCAAUUUGAGGGAUCAGUUAAAAGACUACAUAGCCGCGCACCCUAUUAAUUAAAUAAUAAUAUUCUCUUUCAUCAAUUUGUUCUUAAACUAUACUUUUAGAUGUACCUAUUUUUUCAUAAAUUCAUUCUUUAUUAAUUAGUAUUGGUUGCUAUCCCAGAAUCCAUCGUAGUCUGAUUUUUCGUGAAAUCUACGAAAAUGCGAUCACUGGAUCCGAAUUAAAGCGAAGGAGUGAAUUAAAAGUAUAUGCUACGUUCGUAGCUAAUCGAA